CAAAGCCCCUCAAAAAUAUAUAGAGUUUUAGCCAACAACAAUCUGCCGCCGGACUUUCGCCCGAGGGCGAGUGAAAAAUUCAGUUUCUCUCUUCUCGAUGCACUUGGAGGCUGUUUGUGUGUGUUCGUGCGUGUGUAUACAUAUGCAAAUGAUUGGAUGUCGGAUCCUUGCAUCAUCAUCAUCAUCAACACUGCGAAAAACCGCAGAAAACGCUAAAAAAAAAAGCCUCCCAAGACGGCGGCGGCAAAGUGUGAACGCGCAACAAACACGGCCAGGCAGGCGGCAAUUAUUUAUAAACCCCAGCGUUCGGCCCCUCCAAAAGUUAAACAAUUGCAGCAUCUGAGAAAUAUAUAUGAAUUGUGAGAUGCCCCUUGGCCAUUCCAGUGCUGUGUAAACGCGAAAAAUCGGCAUAGAAAAUAAUUACGAAAAAAUCAUUACUGUGCUGCCCGUUUCAUUCGUUUCACACAGAAACUAAUAAAGCGAGAGAGCGAACGAGAGCGACAUAUGCAUGUUGCCUGGCUAACGAGCAAGUGCAAGUGGGACGGAAAGGGAUACGGCGUGUGCGUGUAUAGCCGCCAAAUGUGAAAAGAGAGAGAGAGAGAGCGCGCCAGCGAGAGCGAGUGACUGCGCUCAAGCUACGAGAGCGGCAGCAGCAGGGUUGUCAACGCACUGCGAUUUGCCCACCGUACACGGCGGAAAAUAAAAGCUAACAUAACCUCAAACUCGCCGCUGCAGUCGUCGUCAUCAUCAGCGUCAGCGUUGUUGUUGUUGGUGGUUACCGGUGCUCCAUCAGUAGCCGCCACAAACCUGGAAGAUCGGGAGCACAGCCAGCAGCCGAUGAGCAGCCAUGAAUGAGAAAAUAAAGUCGCCGCAAACGCAGCAGCAGCAGGGUGGGGGAGCUCCUGCUCCCGCUGCCACGCCCCCAUCGGCAGGAGCGACUCCUGGUGGUGCCACGCCGCCCACAUCGGGCCCUCCCACGCCCAACAACAACAGCAACAACGGCAGUGAUCCUGGCAUCCAGCAACAACAAAAUGUUGCCCCACAUCCAUAUGGCGGACCACCGCCCCCAGGAUCCGCCCCUGGAGGACCACCAGGACCGGAUCCCGCUGCAGUCAUGCACUAUCACCAUCUGCACCAACAGCAGCAGCAUCCGCCACCACCCCACAUGCAGCAGCAGCACCACGGCGGACCGGCACCGCCACCGCCCGGAGGAGCACCUGAGCAUGCGCCCGGCGUCAAGGAGGAGUACGCCCACCUGCCGCCGCCGCAUCCUCAUCCGGCGUACGGUCGCUACCACGCCGAUCCCAACAUGGAUCCAUAUCGCUAUGGCCAACCGCUGCCAGGUGGCAAGCCUCCGCAGCAGCAACAGCCUCAUCCGCAACAGCAACCGCCGCAGCAGCAACAACAACCUGGGCCAGGCGGUUCACCCAAUCGCCCGCCGCAGCAGCGCUACAUACCCGGACAACCGCCGCAGGGACCCACGCCCACGCUGAACUCCCUGCUGCAGUCCUCUAAUCCGCCGCCACCGCCGCAGCACCGCUACACCAACACCUACGAUCCCCAACAGGCGGCCGCAGCAGCGGCGGCGGCGGCUCAGCAGCAACAGGCUGGCGGACCACCGCCUCCAGGGCACGGACCGCCGCCUCCACAGCAUCAGCCAACGCCGUACGGGGCGCAACAAGGUGGCUGGGCACCGCCUCCGAGGCCCUACAGUCCGCAGCUGGGACCGUCGCAGCAGUACAGGACACCUCCACCGACAAACACUUCCAGGGGUCAGUCACCCUAUCCGCCAGCUCACGGUCAAAAUUCAGGUUCCUAUCCUAGUUCGCCGCAGCAGCAACAACAGCAACAGCAGCAGCAACAACAACAGCAGCAGCAGCAACAACAGGCGGGACAGCAGCCCGGCGGUCCUGUGCCGGGCGGACCACCGCCAGGCGCUGGGCAACAGCCGCCGCAGCAAAACACACCGCCAACAUCUCAAUAUUCGCCGUACCCGCAACGCUAUCCGACACCGCCGGGUUUGCCGGCGAGCGGACCCAACCAUCGAACUGCCUACUCGACGCACCAGUAUCCCGAACCAAAUCGACCUUGGCCAGGCGGUUCUUCGCCCAGUCCCGGUCCUGGACAUCCUUUGCCGCCCGCCUCACCGCACCACGUACCGCCACUGCAGCAGCAGCCGCCACCCCCGCCGCACGUCACCGCCGGCGGACCGCCGCCGAGCAGCAGUCCCGGCCAUGCGCCCAGUCCAUCGCCACAGCCAUCGCAGGCGUCGCCCUCGCCGCACCAGGAGCUAAUUGGACAGAACAGCAACGACAGCUCCAGCGGUGGGGCGCACAGUGGCAUGGGCUCUGGUCCACCAGGCACUCCCAAUCCCCAGCAGGUGAUGCGACCCACACCCUCGCCCACCGGCUCCUCCGGUUCGCGUUCCAUGUCCCCGGCAGUGGCCCAAAACCAUCCAAUCUCGCGUCCGGCGAGCAAUCAGUCAAGCAGCGGCGGACCAAUGCAACAGCCGCCGGUUGGGGCGGGAGGUCCACCGCCGAUGCCACCGCAUCCGGGAAUGCCAGGAGGCCCGCCCCAGCCGCAGCAGCAAUCUCAGCAGCAACAGGCAUCGAAUUCGGCCUCGUCGGCGAGCAACUCGCCGCAGCAGACGCCGCCACCGGCACCGCCGCCCAACCAGGGCGUCAACAACAUGGCCACGCCCCCACCACCUCCACAGGGGGCGGGCGGAGGGUACCCGAUGCCGCCGCACAUGCACGGCGGCUACAAGAUGGGCGGUCCAGGCCAGGCACCCGGUGCCCAGGGAUAUCCGCCGCAGCAGCCACAGCAAUAUCCACCAGGCAAUUACCCGCCACGCCCACAGUAUCCCCCUGGCGCUUACGCCACCGGACCACCACCACCCCCCACAAGUCAAGCGGGAGCAGGCGGAGCCAACAGCAUGCCCUCGGGAGCCCAGGCCGGCGGCUAUCCGGGUCGGGCCAUGCCCAACCACACUGGCCAAUAUCCGCAGUAUCAGUGGGUGCCGCCGUCGCUACAGCAAGCGGGACCCGGUGGAGCACCCGGUGGCGCGAUGGUCGGCAAUCAUGUGCAGGGCAAGGGCACACCGCCACCGCCGAUUGUGGGUGGACCACCGCCACCGCAGGGCAGUGGGUCACCGCGACCUCUGAACUAUCUGAAGCAGCAUUUACAGCACAAGGGCGGCUACGGAGGAAGUCCAACGCCGCCGCAGGGGCCACAGGGAUACGGCAACGGACCGACCGCAAUGCAUCCGGGCAUGCCGAUGGGGCCACCCCACCACAUGGGACCUCCGCACGGACCCACCAGCAUGGGCCCGCCCACCAGCACACCGCCGCAGUCACAGAUGCUGCAGGGCGGACAGCCGCAGGGGCAGGGACAGGGACCCGUUGCGGGACCGGAAAGUGGAGGCCCGGAGCAUAUAUCGCAGGACAAUGGGAUCAGCUCUUCGGGGCCGACGGGAGCCGCGGGCAUGCAUGCAGUCACCGCGGUGGUCACCACCGGACCGGAUGGCGCGCCCAUGGACGACGUCAGUCAGCAGAGCACGCUCUCGAAUGCAUCAGCGGCAUCCGGCGAAGAUCCACAAUGCACCACACCAAAGUCGCGCAAGAAUGAUCCCUAUAGCCAAAGUCACCUAGCCCCGCCGAGUACGUCGCCCCAUCCGGUCGUAAUGCACCCAGGCGGCGGUGGCCCUGGCGAGGAGUACGACAUGAGCUCGCCACCCAAUUGGCCACGUCCGACUGGAAGCCCGCAGGUGUUUAACCAUGUUCCGGUGCCGCAGGAGCCCUUCCGCAGCACCAUCACCACGACCAAGAAGUCGGACUCACUGUGCAAGCUGUACGAGAUGGACGACAAUCCGGAGCGGCGCGGCUGGCUGGACAAGCUGCGGUCGUUCAUGGAGGAACGGCGCACUCCGAUCACCGCCUGCCCCACCAUCUCAAAACAGCCACUCGAUUUAUAUAGGUUAUAUAUUUAUGUAAAAGAACGUGGCGGAUUCGUCGAGGUAUGCAAGGUGACCAAAAGCAAGACCUGGAAGGACAUUGCCGGACUGCUAGGCAUUGGCGCGAGUAGCAGUGCGGCGUACACGCUGCGGAAGCACUACACCAAGAACCUGCUGACCUUCGAGUGCCACUUUGACCGAGGUGACAUCGAUCCCCUGCCCAUUAUCCAGCAGGUGGAGGCGGGCAGCAAGAAAAAGACGGCCAAGGCUGCUUCGGUUCCUUCGCCAGGUGGUGGACAUUUGGAUGCUGGAACCACGAAUUCCACAGGCUCGUCGAACUCGCAGGAUUCGUUCCCGGCCCCGCCAGGCUCCGCCCCGAACGCGGCCAUCGACGGCUACCCCGGCUAUCCGGGCGGCAGUCCGUAUCCGGGAGCCAGCGGACCGCAGCCGGACUAUGCGGCUGCGGGCCAGAUGCAGCGGCCGCCCUCUCAGAACAACCCGCAGACUCCUCAUCCCGGCGCCGCCGCCGCUGUUGCCGCCGGCGAUAAUAUAAGCGUGAGCAAUCCCUUCGAGGAUCCCAUUGCUGCCGGUGGUCCGGGCUCGAGCUCGGGAGGUGGGCCAGGACCAGGACCAGGUGGUGCUGGUCCCGGUGGUGCUGGAGCUGUUGCUGCUGUGGGCGGCGGUGGCCCACAACCACAUCCACCGCCCCCACAUUCACCGGCGGCCAGUCAACAGCAGCAGCAGCAUCCACAGCACCCACAGCACCACGGUCUGUCCGGGCCACCACCGCCACAGCAGCAACAGCAGCAGCCGGGGCAGCAGCCACCACUACCACUACCAGCCGUGGGCGGUGGUCCACCACCAGCACCACAGCAACAUGGGCCUGGUCAGGUGCCGGUGUCGCCGUCGCCUCAGCAGCAUGUGCGCCCAGCCGCCGGAGCACCUUAUCCGCCGGGUGGCUCCGGCUACCCAACGCCUGUGUCUAGAACGCCAGGCUCACCCUAUCCAUCACAGCCCGGGGCUUACGGACAGUACGGCUCGAGCGAUCAGUACAACGCCACAGGGCCGCCCGGCCAGCCAUUCGGACAGGGUCCAGGACAAUAUCCGCCCCAGAGCCGCAACAUGUACCCUCCCUACGGGCCGGAGGGGGAAGCUCCUCCAACCGGUGCCAAUCAGUACGGUCCCUAUGGCAACCGACCAUACAGCCAGCCACCGCCGGGCGGACCUCAGCCGCCGGCGCAGACGGUUGCGGGUGGACCGCCGGCCAGCGGAGCUCCAGGAGCACCACCCAGCAGCGCCUAUCCGACGGGUAGGCCCACCCAGCAGGACUAUUAUCAACCACCACCAGAUCAAAGUCCACAGCCACGUCGGCAUCCCGAUUUCAUCAAAGACUCACAGCCCUAUCCAGGAUACAAUGCUAGGCCUCAAAUUUAUGGUGCUUGGCAAGGCGGUACCCAGCAGUAUCGGCCUCAAUAUCCAACCUCGCCUGCCCCGCAAAGCUGGGGAAGUGCUCCGCCUCGCGGUGCAGCACCUCCGCCAGGCGCACCACACGGCCCGCCACUGCAGCAGCCGCCCGGAGUGGGCCAGUGGGAUCAGCACCGCUAUCCGCCACAGCAGGGUCCGCCGCCGCCUCCUCAGCAGCAGCAGCAGCCACAGCAGCAGCAGCAGCAACCGCCGUACCAGCAGGUGGCCGGACCCCCUGGACAACAGCCGCCACAGGCGCCGCCACAGUGGGCCCAGAUGAACGCUGGUCAGGCGGCGCAGCCAGGAAUAGCGCCACCCGGAUCGCCACUGCGUCCGCCCUCCGGACCAGGACAACAGCAGAGGAUGCCCGGAAUGCCGCCGCAGCAGCAACAGUCACAGCAACAGGGCGGAGUCCAGCAACCACCGCCACAACAGGCUACUCAUGGUGGCGUUCCCUCGCCGGGACCGGGUGGAAUGGUGAAGCCACCGUACGCCAUGCCCCCGCCACCAUCUCAGGGUGUGGGUCAGCAAGUGGGUCAGGUGCCACCCAGCGGCAUGAUGGUUCAGAAACAGCCGCCGAUGCCGGGCCAGGUAAUGCAGCAACAGCCACUGCAGCAGCAGCCUCCGCCGCAUCAACAUCCGCAUCCUCACCAGCAUCCGCAGCAUCCGCAGCACCCGCAUCCGCAUCAGAUGCCGCCCAGUCAGACGGCACCGGGCGGUGGCUACGGUCCGCCCGGAAUGCCUGGUGGCGGUGGCCAGCUGGUGAAGAAGGAGUUGAUCUUUCCGCACGACAGCGUGGAGUCCACCACGCCGGUGCUGUAUCGAAGGAAGCGGCUCACCAAGGCCGAUGUGUGCCCCGUGGAUCCGUGGCGGAUAUUUAUGGCCAUGCGAUCCGGUCUGCUGACCGAAUGCACCUGGGCGCUGGAUGUGCUUAACGUGCUAUUGUUCGACGAUUCUACGGUGCAGUUCUUUGGCAUUUCGAAUCUGCCUGGCCUGCUGACUCUUCUGCUAGAGCACUUCCAGAAGAAUCUCGCCGAGAUGUUCGACGACCGGGAGAACGAGGAGCAAGCCUCGAUGCUGGCUGAGGAAGGGGCAGAUGACGAUGCCGACAGCGGCACUGUGAUGUGCGAGAAGUUACGGACCAGCGGACGACAGUCGCGUUGUGUGCACAGCAUCAGCAGCUACAACCGCAGGCGGCACUAUGAGAACAUGGACCGCAGCGGAAAGGGCGGCGCCAGCAACGGCAGCGAUUCAGAAGAUGCCGACGAGGGAAUUGAUCUGGGCCAGGUGCGUGUGCAACCCAAUCCCGAGGAGCGCUCGCUACUGCUCUCCUUCACGCCCAAUUACACGAUGGUCACGAGAAAGGGAGUGCCAGUGCGCAUCCAGGCCGCCGAUCACGACAUCUUUGUGGACGAGCGCCAGAAGGCGUGGGACAUAGACACGAACCGCCUGUACGAACAGCUGGAGCCCGUGGGCAGCGAUGCCUGGACGUACGGAUUCACCGAGCCAGAUCCCCUCGACGGCAUCAUAGACGUCUUCAAAUCGGAGAUUGUUAACAUUCCAUUUGCACGUUUCGUCCGCUCCGACAAGAAGGGAAAAACGCGGACAGAAGUGGCGAGCACGGCCAGGAAGGCGGAGAUAAAGCUGGAGGAGAACAGCUCGGAGGAGCCGGCUUUCAACAAGAAGAGGCGACUGGUCAGCGGCGGCAGCAGCAGCAGUGGAGCCCCCGCCGAGGGCAAGAAGUCGAAGCUGACGAGUGAGGAAUUUGCCCAGCCAAACGUUGAUGUGAAGAAGGAGCCGGGCUCGGCGGACAGCGAUUGUCGCCCCGUCGACAUGGAUAUCGAAGCACCGCAGCAAAGGUUGACUAAUGGCCUUGCAGCCUGCCCAGCCUCAACUCCCGCCGUCUUCGAUCCCCGGACAACGGCCAAAGAUGUGGCGCAGGUGCUGCAGCGGAGGCGUGACUCAAGCUUUGAGGACGAGUGCUACACCAGGGACGAGGCGUCGCUGCACCUGGUCAACGAGAGCCAAGACUCGUUGGCGCGGCGCUGCAUCGCCCUUUCCAACAUCUUCCGCAACCUGACCUUCGUGCCCGGCAACGAGACGGUGCUGGCCAAGUCCACCAGGUUCUUGGCGGUGCUGGGACGACUGCUUCUGCUGAACCACGAGCACCUGAGGCGCACGCCGAAGACACGUAACUACGACCGUGAGGAGGACACGGACUUCAGUGACUCGUGCAGCUCGCUGCAAGGGGAGCGCGAGUGGUGGUGGGACUACCUAAUCACCAUUCGGGAGAACAUGCUGGUCGCCAUGGCCAACAUAGCCGGGCACUUGGAGCUCUCGCGCUACGACGAGCUCAUUGCCCGCCCCCUGAUCGACGGACUGCUGCACUGGGCCGUGUGUCCGAGUGCCCAUGGCCAGGAUCCGUUCCCGUCGUGCGGACCCAAUACGGCGCUCUCGCCGCAGCGCCUGGCCCUUGAGGCGCUCUGCAAGCUGUGCGUGACGGAUGCCAACGUCGACCUGGUCAUUGCCACUCCCCCGUUCUCGCGACUGGAGAAGCUCUGCGCCGUGCUCACCCGGCAUCUGUGCCGCAACGAGGACCAGGUGCUGCGCGAGUUCUCCGUGAACCUGCUGCACUACUUGGCCGCCGCCGAUAGCGCCAUGGCUCGCACUGUGGCGCUGCAGUCGCCGUGCAUCUCCUAUCUGGUGGCCUUCAUCGAACAGGCCGAACAGACGGCGCUGGGUGUGGCGAACCAGCAUGGGAUCAACUACCUGCGCGAGAAUCCCGACUCGAUGGGCACCAGCCUGGACAUGCUGCGGCGAGCAGCCGGAACGCUGCUCCAUCUGGCCAAGCACCCGGACAACCGGUCGCUGUUCAUGCAACAGGAGCAGCGGCUGCUCGGCCUGGUCAUGUCGCACAUCCUGGACCAGCAGGUGGCUCUGAUAAUUUCGCGGGUGCUUUACCAAGUGUCGCGCGGAACCGGGCCCAUACACUCGGUGGAGUUCCGCCUGCUGCAGCAGCGCCAGCAGCAACAACUGCGUCCCGGCGCGGUGGAGAAACAAGCUGUCAGUUCGGGAGCAAGUGCUUCAGUGAAAGCGGAAUCGUCGGCAUCAGCGGAAACGAGUUCCGUUGAAGCGAAGCCGGCAUCAGCAGCCACGAACGCAGUGGUAAACGAUGAGAGCAGCAACAGCAGCCAGCAGUUGCCGCCGGCAGCGACAUUCAACGAUGUGAGCAACAGCAGCACCAACAGCAACAGCUGCGGCACAGUCAGCAGCAACCAGACGAACAACAGCACCACCAACAGCAGUCACAGCAGCAGUGCGAUUAGCAGCCAAUCUGCGUUGGCAGUAGCCACAUCAGCAGCGGCGUCAGCGGCAUCAGCAGGUGCAGCAUCCGCAACAUCAGCAGCAGCAGCUGUAGUAGCAGCAGCAGCAAUGGCCAGUGAUCAGCAGCAGGUGAGCAAGGCGGCUGCAGCGGUGGCGGCCGCUGCGGCCCUGAGCAAUGCCAGUGCAGCGGCAGCAGCAGCUGCGGCGGCGGCAGCGGCUUCCGUUGUCCCGCCCACCACGUCCUCGACGAGUGUGUCCGCCGGAGCGGCGGUGGCCCAACCAGCGGCGGCACCGCCGCCAACCAAUGCAGGAACAACGACAGCCGUUGCGUAGUAUACGACAAUGAUGCCAGCGUCCUACUACUGGCCACGUACCCCCCGAGGGGCAGUCGACUGAGCUGGAGUUGGAUGGAGUAACAGCGCGCCGAGGAGCGGCUCCGAGGCGCACGGGCAGCAGAUGAUCCCUAAACCGAUGUAGAGGAGGCAUGUAAAUUUACUUAAUUGGCGCCGACAGGGAAGAAGGCCGUGUCCGAGCUCCGAGGAUACGUAUAGGGGAACUCAGCAGCAGGUGGAUUGGCUCCAACUAUCCAUCACUGUAACAGUCAAUACAAUAACAACUGUAUAUUUUUUCACUCAAAUCUAAAAAUAGUAAAUAUUAUAACUAAACACUAAGCAUUAAGCAAUUACAGCAGCAAAUUAAUGAUAAUAUGAAACGGAAACGAAAUCGUAAACGUAAACUGUUCACGGCGAAAACUAGAAUAGUUUAACUGAUACAGACCGAUCGAUCGAUCCGAGCUGAUCCGAUCCGAUCCGAUCGGGGAUUAUUAUUGAGACGAACAUAACGCGGAAGAUAGCGAUGGGGAGAGCGAAAUUCAAGCACACAGCAUACUUAUUGUAUUAAAUUUAAUAAAAAUGAAGGGACGAGAAAAGAGGAGUAACUAACACAUACAUAUGCAUACGCACGCUAUGGUUUAUCGUAUAUUAAAUAUAUAUAUAUAUAAAUAAAUGCAUAAAUUAACAUUUAACAACAUGAGAAUGAAUUGUGUAUGUAAAAGGGAUGAAUGCAUACAUACGUACAUAUAGACAUCGAUAUAUAAAUAUAUAGAGAAUAGUUUUUAAAUUCUACAACUUACUAAUACCUACAUAUUACCACAAUGUGCAGCAUAGGAACUCGUAAACUGAACAAACUGAGCAGCAAAAAAGCAUAAGGAAAUAUUAAACCCAACCAAUCCACUGUGCGACCCCAGAAUAUGCCCAAUUGUAUUGCAGUUUAAUGGAUUUAUUGUGGACUAGGGCAACGCAGAGAAAUGAAGAAUGUGAGGUGAUUAAAACAAUUGUACAUACUUAACUAUUAUGUAAAUUUCACUGUAUUUUUGUUUUUUUUACGCAAUGUUACAAGGCACAUGUAAGUGGCAGCACUGCAUUUCGUAUUAUGUUUAUGUGUAUGUUGUGUGGAUGGUCUGCGAAAAUUCCAAUUUCUUAGUUUUAAUCGCGUAACUCGAAAGCGAAUCGAAACAAAAUAAGGAAAAACAAACAAACCGACAAAUGAAGGCAAACAAACAAUUUAAAUUAAAAUCAAAUUAGGUGAUAUAAAUAUACAUAACAUAUACAUACAUAUAUUGCAUAUAUAAAAAAAUUGAAAAAGAUGAAAAAUGGAACACCAUAAUGCUGUAAUUUUUAUGUUAACUGUAUUAUUUGCUGGAAGUGCUGCUGCUUCAUUUUAUUUUAUAUUGAACUUACUUAAGGCGUAAAUGACAAGAUAAAUAAUUAGGUUUUUAUCUUAAUCUUAAUUUAAAAUAUUAAAUAAAUAACACCAAGAAAACAAAACAAAACACAACCAUAAAAUGCUAUAAAACACAAAGCAAAGCAAAGCAAAUCGAACUAAAGCUGUAGAGAAGCACGCAAAAACGACUAACAACACACCCAUACCCAAAAAGCUUGGCGUUAGGAAAGGAAACCAAUAAACCAUUAAAGCAAAACCAUAUAUAUAUGGGUGGGUGCACCAAUUUGUAUACUAAACUUUCUCACAUAUAACUAAAGUGCUACAUAAGAGAACGAACAUGAACUGUCGAUCUCCCGAUUCUAGCCUCUAGUUCUAGUAAUCCUCCCAUACUCCGGGGCGAUUGCCUAGUUCUAGAGGAACUACAAGAGAUUGAGAGAUAAUAGGAAAGUGCUGCUGUUGAUACGUGUAUUCGUGUAGUUGUUUGCAAACAAAUAUUAUAACUCAGCAUCUCGAUAUAUAACGUGUAGUUAUUAGUCUAUAAUUUGCUAGGAUGUAAAUGUAUGUCCCUCAAACUUAAUUUAAUUAUUUAAUUAAUAUACAUACAUAUAUGAUAUACAA